UGGGAUUGCCUUGGGCAAUGGCGGUAGGCGUCCAUCUGCAUUUCGAUUCCAAACAGUUGGUGCUCUCGCAAACCGGAGGGAAACCUCAGACGGUUUCGUUGCGGAUUUCAAUGUGGGCAGUAAAAAGGAAUCCCAACCCUGCUCGGAUAGGGAUGAUUCAAGGUCCCGAUCACGAGGAGUCUUCAUCCACGGAUGACAGUAGUGGAUUUGAAGAACAGGAGUGCGAGGAAGAGAUACCUAGCGAGAGCAAAUGGAAACACCUGGUCCAACUUUUCGAACACGAAACCCCCGAGGAGUUUCGGAUGAUCCCCAGAGCCGCCCGAACCUUCCAUCAGGAAGACGGCACGCUUGCGCCUAUGGAAACCCAGGUCUAUCCUUCGAUCUUUCUCGGAGAACCCAUUUUGCAAAUAUCUGACUUGACAGACGAUUUGGAACCCCCUCGCACCUUGUACGAGGGAACACUUUCUCUUCGAGCACGCUAUCAACAGGCGAAACAAUAUCUGGAUGUUUCUGUUUCCCCUCCAAGGUCACUGCUUACGACAGGAGCGACCAUCGCUCUGAUUAAACAAGAAGCCGGAGCUCCUGUUGAUGAUGUGCCCGAUCUAAUGCAGGAAAUGGUGGAUCUAACGGGACUAACAGUGGAAGGAACCUCGGCUGAUUCGGAAACUGAUGCUGAAGCUAAAGAGACAGAGAUGAUUAGCCCCGCUGAAUCCCAGAUGAUCGCGACUGUAUUUUCUGUCCGCACUAGCAGCUCUAUUUUCUCUAGUGUCCAUAACCGACGGGAUCGGCCUGCUGAUUGGAUCGAUAUGCCUCUUGAAAUACCCGAUGGACCAACCGUCACUCUACCCGAUCACGUUCCCCUGGAAUUCCGACGAUCACUAAUUAACGUCUUGAAUGGGUACGUGGAGGUAUUGAGUGUGCGAGAUAAUGAUAUUGGGCUGUCUAAUGUGAUCGAGCAUGCCAUCCUAACGGGGGAUCAUCCACUCAUUAGAUGCGUUCCUUAUCGAUACUCGUCAGCCCAAUGGGCGGCCGCGUUUCAGCGGAUCAAGGAAUUUGAGGCUAAUGGAUGGAUCGAACCCGCAAUAGGACCUUGGUCGUUUCCUGUGGUAAUCGUGCCCAAAAAGGCCGAAGGGAUUCGCAUAUGCAUCGAUUAUCGAAAGCUGAAUGAUAUCACGAUCAAAGAUGUGUAUCCCCUUCCCCGGAUUGAUGAGUUGUUGGAUGCAAUUGGGAGUGCUCGAUUUUUCAGUAAGUUUGAUGUUCGGCAUGUGUUUCAUCAUCUUCUGGUUCGAGAGGAGGAUCGUCCGAAAACGGCAUUUGUGUUAUUCGAAGGUACCAGGCAAUGGGUCCGAUGUCCGAUGGGCAUCUGCAAUGCUCCCACAACCUUUCAGCGAGCCAUGAAUAUGGCUUUCCAGAACUUUAUGCGGAAGACACGGCUCGGCCAGAGCAUUAUCAAUUAUUGCGUGAUCGUGUACAUGGAUGAUAUUCUUGUGUAUUCAAGUUCCUACGAGGGGCAUGUGCAGCACAUCGAGUGGACGCUGCACGCUUUGAGAGAUGCUGGUUUCAAGGUGUCGCUCGAGAAAUGUCAGUUCUUUCUCACCACCAUUUCCUUUCUGGGACACGUGUUGACGGACCAGGGAUUCAGACCGGAACCGCAAAAGGUGGCAGCCGUGAGAGACGCGCCUGUGCCCACGACUAUCACGCAAGUUCGUGCCUUUCUGGGCCUGGCCUCAUACUACCGAAGGUUUAUCAAGGGCUUCGCGGCUAUUGCGGGUACCCUCACGAAUCUGCUGAAAAAGGAUCAACCGUUGAUCUGGACGCCAGAGUGUGACCAGGCUUUCUCGAAACUCAAGGCAACCCUUUUUUUGGCCCCGUUCCUUAUAAGACCGGAUCCUGCGAAGCCUCUUGUCCUCAUCACGGACUGGCAGCCGGAGGCAAUCUCAGCGAUCUUGGCCUAGGUGGGACCCGACGGACUCGAAUGCAUGGUGGAAUACGCGUCUAAGUCGGUGCCUGCUUGCAAGCGCAAUUAUGCCGCCCCGACA